AUGGAUUCCGCUCAGUCUUCGAGCUCUAUGAGCCUCGUGGUACAUGAGAAACUAGAGUUGGCCAAACAUGACGAGGACGCGACGAGACUCAGAGAUACCAACACAAAAGCGACCCAAUUAUUGGGCGACAUCCAGACAGCACUUGCCGGCAUUACCGGCUUGAAGCGUGCUCAAAACUGGAGCAAGUCGAUUGAGAAGCUCCGGGCCGAGUACAAAAUGCCGCGCUUCGUCAUCGGCGUUCUGGGCGAUACCGGCUCAGGCAAGAGUUCACUCAUCAACGCUGUUCUGGAUGAAGAGAGAGUUGUUCCGACCAACUGCAUGCGAGCCUGUACCGCAGUAAUCACUGAAAUCUCAUGGAACACCAACGAAGAUCCCGCAAAGAGAUAUCGCGCGGAAAUCGAGUUCAUUACCCAAGCAGAGUGGACGACUGAGGUUAUUGCUCUUCACCGCGACAUUCUGGACCUGAACGGCAAUCUUUCUCCGGACAUCAGAAACAUCGAUAGCGACGCCGGCAUUGCGUACGCUGUCUUGAGAGCAGUUUACCCAAAGCAUACCGACCAGCAGUUCAGAGAGACUGACCCCUUUGUGCUUGCGAAUUUCGUCAAGGUGCGGGAGGUAAUCGGAAAGACGCAGGUUGUUGAAGAGGCAGAGUGUGGCUCGUUCUAUUCGAAGAUCCAGUCAUUCGUGGAUUCGGAAGAGAAGCACAGCAAGAACGCCGCAGAAUCUGCCAACAAGGCGCCUCACGAACAGACAAUGGCAUUCUGGCCCCUCAUCAAAGUUGUCCGUGUCUUUCUGAAGUCAGAAGUUUUGUCCAGUGGCGUUGUACUUGUGGACCUGGUGCGUUGUCUAAGAAGGUUAUUCUUUCGGGUUCAGUUGCUAACAUCUGCCAAGCCCGGAGGUCGCGACUCCAAUGCUACUCGAGCAGCCGUUGCCGCGAAGUAUGUCAAGGAGUGCUCGAGACUCUGGGUGGUUGCACCCAUCACCCGUGCUGUGGACGACAAGACGGCCAAGACUCUUCUUGGAGACCAUUUCAAGCAGCAGCUCAAGUACGACGGUGCUUACAACAACAUCACCUUCAUCUGCACCAAGGCGGACGACAUUUCUCUCGACGAGGCAGCGCCGAGCCUUGGCAUUGAGAUACUCAUUGCAAAGGAGCAAGAGCGGAAGACUCAAACGGAGAAAGAGAUCGGGGGAAAAAAGGAGGCAGUCACCGCUCUGGAGCCUCAGAUUUCGAGCCUGCAGGAGACAUUGAACAACAUCAGCAGAGACAACAAGGAAUGGCAAGGACUUCGCAAGCUGGUCAGCCAGGGACUCAGAGUGGUUGCACCCACGACAUCCCCACAGAAGCGGAAGCAUUCCCAACCUCGGACUGCGGAAGAAUCUGUCUCGGCCAAAAAGGUGAAGAAAGAAUUCGAGUCUAGUGACGCAGAUGACACCAGCGAUGAAUCGGACCUUGACGACAAUGAUGACGCCGACGAUGAUCAGCCUGUACCUCUGACUCUUGAGGUUACACGAGAGAAGUUGGAUGAGCUCAAGGCGACUAAAAAAGCUGUGAAGGAAGAGAAGAAGAUCAUGGUUGGACGCAUGUCGCAGCUCAAGGAGGAAAUCAAAAACCUCAGAAAGCAGCGCUCAGACAUCAAGACCAAUAUGCACAGGGAGUGCAUCCAAGGACGCAACAUGUACUCCCGAGAAGCCAUCAAGCAGGACUUCGCAUUUGGUCUCAAGGAGUUUGACGAGGAACUGCUUGCGGAGCAGCAGCAGGAUGGCCCGCAACAGGCCCAAGGUGAGACUGACUAUGAGCAGAUCGGAAACAACCUUCCCGUCUUCUGUAUCAGCAGUCGCGGCUAUCAGCAACUGAGAGAUCGCAUGAAGAAGGACCAAAAGGUUGUUGGAUUCACGUCACUCGAGGACACAGAGAUUCCGGGCCUUCGCCAUCACACCCUGGAGUUGGCCGCGGCCAUUCAAGCCAGUCACUUCCGGCACCAUCUCAGCGAAAUAUGUCGUCUCCUUAGCGCCUUGGACCUCUUUGUUGCUGGAGGUGCUGCCAACCUCAAGCUUUCUGACAAGGAGAAGAAGCAGGAAACGGAAAACCUCGAGAAGUCACUAGCUAAGCUAGGAGCGGCACUUGUUGAGGUCAUCACUCGAUGCAUGACGGAGUGCAAUGUGAUUGUGAAGAAGAGAAUCCUCAAGAAAACUGGCACGGGCGCCUCCAAUGCGUCGGAAAAAGCCACGUCUACCGCCGAGGGCUGGGGUGCCAAGCACGAUGCUGGUGGUCUUCGCUACAUGACCUACAAGGCGACCUGUCGCCGUUUAGGGGUCUUCAAGGGCGCAGCUGGACCUCAAUUGCUUAAGCCUCUCAAGCACCACACCGCUCAUGCGUGGGACUCCGCAUUCCGUCUGCAGCUUCCCGAGAAGCUGAAGACCUUGGCAACGUCCAUGAAGCAUCUCAUCGAUGCCUUCCACGAGCAAAUGAAAGACCGCCGUUUUCUCGUCCAGAACAACGACAUCGUCAAAGACAUCAUCGUGAAGCUCUUGGCUGCUCAGAAGGAGAAUCUCGUCCACAUUGGCAAUGAGCAGCAGAGAAUGUUACAGGAGAGUGGAAAACAUGCAAACCGAUUGUUUGGGCCCGCCAUCCAGACGUCUAUGUUGCCGGCCUUGAGUCGACGGUCAAGGAUGAUACCAAUAACGUAA